CCCAAACGUCAAAAACUAAAUUUGACAGUUACUCGGACACCCUGUGUUAUUUCACGCAUACAGCUGAACAACGGGGUAGAGUUGAGUAUUGAUGAGAGAAAUAACAACAACAUCAAGAUAAUCCAGGUAUCCACUCACUGGCACGGCACUGCACACACUCUCCUCGGUUCGAGAUGAUGUUUCUCUAGCAUAUGGCUGGCAUGGCCCACCACCAACCAUAGGUAUUACAGGCAAAAACAGCAACGGAGAAAGAAGAAGCAGCCAGGUAGCGCAGGCACUUCUUGUGUUAGCCUCUUUUUUACCGAUGAUGUUAUGUAUGGUAUGGUAUAGAUAUUUAGACUUUUGGCUGAUGAUGUUUGUUGCUGGCUGGUGUUGUACUUCUACUUGAGUUGUUGGCGAGUUUUUUUUUGUUGGUCGGCUGAAUGAGCUUCGAAUUCGAAUAGAGAAGAGCAUACGACGAGCGGGUUUCGUUUGGAAUGUCAACAUAAUACAGUGUGGAUUUUAGAUGUGGGGGUAUAGGGUUAGAGCGUUUCGGUGCGGUUAUACUUUUCGCGUAUACGGAGUAGUGUUGUUGCAUAGUAGCGUUUCGUGUGUGAUUUUGUAACACCCAUUCACAUCACCAGCUAGCCUAGCUCGCCAGAGCUCUAUCGUGGUAGCUGCUUUGGCUUACAGCAAGUAUUAUAGUAAGCAAAGCCAGCAAACAAAACCGAAACGCGUGCUACGUGUGCGUAAUCCUCCAUAGUCACCCAGCCAGUAGAAGGAACAAAAAAAAAGCGAGUGUGUAACACCACACUCUCAUAUCGAUUGAAGUAGCUGGCUGGCAGCUUUCGUAGCAGCAGCAGCAGCAGCAAGUGUCCACGGUGGCGGUGGCCAAUGAUCAGUAGUCACAAUGCCCGGAGGAGGGUUCGAUCUGGGUCCCAGUUCUUCGUCUCAGCCAGGACGUGGAGCAACAAUCUAUCAUCACAAUCAAUUGCUACCUCAGCAUCAUCGUCAUCAGCAGCAGCAGCGUCACAAUUUGUUCCUCAACAAUCAAGCAACUACUCAAGUCCUCUCCAGUGGCGACGAAGAGGAAGAUGUCGAUGAAGCAUCAUCGUCGGCCAUCGGAACGGGGAGCAGCAGUCGCAUCGAGCCAGGAUCCAUCAUCCCGGAUCGGACCGGGAGACAGCCCGCAUUCUGUCGCCUGUGCCUCACCCAUUCGGAUACGCUGAAGGCCCUGUUCCCCCAGAAUGCCCUGCCGGAUCACAUUCUGCUGACGCAGAUCAUGGACUGCGUCGAUGUACAGAUCACACUGCCAGACGAUAUCAAAUCGUUCAUUUGCGUCGAUUGUGUUCAGCAAAUAUACUCAUUCGCCAGCUUCAAGGAGCUGUGCAAAAGUAACGAUCAGCUACUGAAAAGCCAACCAUUUGCCCAUGACGAUUCCGAGGACGAGGGCGAUCGCAACGGGUCCAAGAAGGACGUUACCACCGUCCAUGUUACCGGUCCUCGGGCAGGAUCAACUAGUGCCGCUAGCAGCACCAGCAAUUCGGAGGAAAAAUUCAUACCGGAUGCGUCACUGUUGGAGAAGUUGUACGAACAGGGAGUUCAGGUGGAAGCCAUUGGCCAGAAGCCCAUCAACUUGCACCAGCCAAUCGCCAAUGGUGAAGGCGAAACCGACCGUGAGGCGGAGCGUAAAGCCAAAAACGCUGCCCGUAUGCGUCGCUGGCGUCUCCGUCAACGGCAGAAGCAAGAUCAGAAGAUCGUUGCGUCGACUCCGGAACCGAUCGUCAGAGCUGUUGUAGAGCAGAAGGAUCCCGCUCAGAUUGAACGCGAAGAAGCUUUGAGAAUUAAACAGGCACAGGAAAUAUUCGCUCUUCUAGCUCAGCAACAGUUGCGACAGGUGGAAGCGGAAAUAAGAAGACUCAAAUCGAGCGGCAAUUGGCAGCUUCCCGAGCCAAUUAACGACGCAGCAAUCAAUGUAAUUAAAAAUGAACCUAUUCCGUUAGCCCUUCCCAAACAGCAACAACAACAGCAACAAACGGAUCAAGGCGAGUCCAGCCGUCAAUCAUCACCGACAUCCGAGUCCCGUUUGGCGACGAUAAGGAGAAAUCGCGCCGAGUAUAUGCGCAAAUGGCGAGCUAAACAGAGUGCAAAGCAACAGAGCGCCAACAUUGCCGCAACAUUUGGAUUCGUCGGACGCCCUCCGGUCCUUUCACCGGCACCAGGAGAAACCGAGAAACUGGUCAUUCAACGCCAUAAUCGAGCGGAAUACAUGCGCCGUUGGAGGCGCGAGCGACUCAAGCAAGAACUUAGCCCAGAGGAAUUCGACGAUUGGAGUUCGAAAAGCGAACAACGGCGACGCUUCCGGGAGUGGCAAGUGCUGCGGGAAAGCGCCUCCUCGGCCGGCGAUGACACCAUGGAUUGCGGAGAUGGCGAUACCGAACGAAGUUACUCAUUCGAUGGAAUUAACGGUCAAAGUUGACCGGUUUACGUUUAACGGAGGCGUGGAUUCGCGCCACCCUCACAAGAAAGAUGGCAGCCAUCCCAGUUUAAAACAAAAAAACUGAUGAAAACGUGCAAGUUUCCUACCUUUUUUACUUAAGAAAUUUUUACAGGUUGUUUCUUCUAACCGCGCACAGUAUUUAAGUUUGUAGUAUUCUAUCUUUACAUCGUAUCUCGCUUUAAAGAAAAACGCUACCAAUUUUUUCAUACGUAAUUUGAGAGAUUAUUUUCCAGGAUUUAUCAUCACAAUAGGAUUUUUUUAUAUAAGUUACACAACUAAUCACUGCGCAACAAGCAAACAAACAAACUAGAGAACGUAGGAGAAGAAGAAGCAAGGCACCAGUGACAGUGAAUACCGAACCGAAACGUUAUACUCAUUACCUUGUUUCAAAACUGUGAACAGUCGCAAGACCAUAUACCAGAUUCAGGAGAACAUUGAAACAAACGGAUACCUAUACUGCUGAUUAUUACCUCGUAAUAUACAUACUUAAAUCUAACAAUAAAUGCAACAAUA